GCACUCCGCUGAGCUAGCCCGAGCGCACACACAGCAAGCUCCCUUACUCGCUCGUCAAGACCCAGCAAGCGAUCUACGCGCUCACAACGCGUGCUCACGAGGAGAGCAAGCAAGCGGCGUCGCCGGCCGGACUAGAAGAAGAAACUAAAGGACAGUAGCAGAUGGGGAGGGCUCCGUGCUGCGAGAAGAUGGGGCUCAAGAGGGGUCCCUGGACGCCUGAGGAGGACAGGAUCCUGGUGGCGCACAUCGAGCGCCACGGGCACAGCAACUGGCGCGCGCUGCCGAAGCAGGCCGGCCUGCUGCGCUGCGGCAAGAGCUGCCGGCUCCGCUGGAUCAACUACCUGCGCCCCGACAUCAAGCGCGGCAACUUCACCAGGGAGGAGGAGGACGCCAUCAUACACCUCCACCACAUGCUCGGCAACAGAUGGUCGGCAAUUGCUACCAGGCUGCCGGGGAGGACGGACAACGAGAUCAAGAACGUCUGGCACACGCACCUCAAGAAGCGGCUGGAGCCAAAGCCAUCCAGCCAGGCGCCCAAGCGCAAACCCAAGAAGCAGCAGCCUGAGGCCGUGACGCUGGACGGCCCGACCACCUUGCCGGUGUCGCCGGAGCAGUCGCUCUCGUCGUCGACCACCACCACCACCGACUACUCAGCGGCAUCGUCGUUGGAGAACGCGGACAGCUUCAUCUCGGAGGAGUUCCAGAUUGACGACAUCUUCUGGUCGGAGACGCUGGCGAUGACGAUGGACAGCUCCGGUUCUCCGAUUGAGACAGGGGACAGUUUCGGCUUAGACGGCGCGUCGGCGCCGUCGACCAACGACGACGUGGACUUCUGGCUCAAAUUGUUCAUGCAGGCUAGUGACAUGCAGACUUUGCCCCAGAUUUAGUCAUAGGGAUGGUCCCUCCGCUGGUUUUUUGCCUCACGAUUCUUUGAAUCUUUGUUCUGCUCCGUUUUGGUGGGUAUAUAUCCAACUGAAAUCUUGUGAAGCGAAAGUAUUUGCUUGAUCAUGGCAGUGUUCACUUGCAUGCACUAGGUAGCAUUUGUUUGAUCGAACGAAAUUGAAUGAGAUAUGAUUAUCUA